UAGCUCACGUCCGUUACACACCCGCGCGUUUUUGAAAAACACAAAACCCUUGUUUGCAGACAUGGCCGACGCGGACUCCUUCAAGAAGAACGAGGACGACGAGCCGGUGGUCUUCAGCUGUGUGAAGUGCAAGCUGCUGGUCGGCGACUCGUUGUCCUGGGUCGGAAGCGAAACCAACCAGAGUCAAAUCCUGUUAUCGCGUGUCACAGACAACGUUUUGACCGGAGAGGAAACUGUCUAUGAGCCAACCAAAAAAGCCCACUGUCUGACCAAACCGCUCUUCUGUCGAGGCUGCAAGUCUGAGCUUGGCAUGACUUACAUAUCCACACCUAAGUCGCUGGAUUAUAAAAGAUUUAUUUUCUUUUUCAAUGUGGAAAAGCUCGACAGCUAUGUGCUGGGCUCUGCAAACCAGGUGGGGGCCAAAGGGUAUCCAAACAAAGAGCCAGUCACCAUGGAGUACAGAAACGAUGUUGAACAACAACUGAUACAGAUGAAGACGCUGAUGGUGUCCAUGGCGCAGAAGCUGGAGUACAUGGAGACCAGCGCCCUGGACGACACUGGAAGCCUCCUGAAGUGAUGGCACUUCGUUUGGUUCGUCCUGCGUUACGGGGUUGAGGGGGGGGGGGGUGUUCAGAUCCGGAGAUAACGCCCCCCCUCCCCCCCCCACCCCGCCUCAAAUACACCGUUUUUCUUCACAGUUCAGGUCUGGAACCAUCUCACCUUGUGUGUGUGUGUGUGUAUAUAUAUAUAUAAUAUUUUA